AUGAGCUCCUCAGAGAAUUCAGAUCAUCUAAAACUCGAAAAGAGUGAAACGCAUGAAGAAGACAAGAGCAUAACAUCAACAAACAAUCAGCACCCAUACUCGUUUCAGCCUGAUCAAGUAGAUAUUGAUGCUCUUUCGAGACAAGCUAGUCGAAUAGCUAGCGAACAGUCAAGAUCUUGUCAAGAUUUACAAGCUUCAAGUGAGGAUACAGUGCUCAAUGAUAAUAACAACCUUUCAAUAGAGAAAGAUCCAAAUGAAGUGAUUUUCGAUGGAAUGGAUGAUAAGGAGAAUAUCAAUGCUAAGAUGUCGUUCUUUAGAAAAUGGUCUAUUGUGUUAGUUUUAUGCUUUGCAACCGCCAUGGUCACCAUGCUUUCAUCUGCUUGGUCAUAUUGUGAGCCUCAUAUCAUUAAGGAAUAUCAUGUUGGUAAAGAAGUUGGCGUAUUAGGUAUCUCGUUAAUCAUGUUUGGAUUAGGGAUUGGUCCAAUGUUACUUAGUCCAUUAUCAGAGUUUUACGGUAGAAAGCCAGUAUUUGUUGGUGGAUUAAUGCUUAGUUGCUGUUUUCAAUUCUUGACAGCCUUUGCACCUAACUUAGGAGGUAUAUUGUUUGGAAGAUUCAUGUCUGGGUUCUUUGGUUCAGCUUUCCUGUCAGUGGUUAAUGGUACAUUUACUGAUAUUUUUGACAAGAGUCAAAUUUCUUUACCAAUCGCAUUCUUUGGCGUUGCCCCAUUUGUUGGACCUUCGAUUGGGCCUUUAUUCAGCGCUGGUAUAAAUAAGUAUCUCUUCUGGAGAUGGGUAUUCUAUAUUAUGUUGAUGCUUCAUGGUGUUGCUCUUGCUUUUGUUAUCUUGUUUGUUCCUGAAACUUAUGUACCGGUGCUUCUAGUUAAGAAAGCUAGAAGGUUAAGAAACCAAAUUGGGAAUGAUAAAUUAUAUGCAGCUCUUGAGAAGGAUCAAAGAUCAGUUAUAAUGACACUGUUGAAAGCUCCAAAUAGACCAUUUCUUUUACUACUCCGUGACCCUAUGAUUGCAGUUCUAUGUUUUUAUUCAGGUUUAGUGUUAGCAAUCAUCUAUUUAUUCUUUGUUGCAUUUCCAUAUGUUUUCCAAACUGUGUUUGGAUUUGAUGAAGUCUCUCAAGGCUUAUCAUUUAUUGGCCUUUUAGUUGGAUUAUGUUUUGGAGCUGCUACUGCUCCAUCAUUUCAAAAUUAUUACAACAAGAUAGUGGAGAAAAAUGGUGUUGCAUAUCCUGAAGAUAGACUAUACUCACUAAUGAUUGCUAGUAUUAUAUUACCAAUUAGCAUGUUUAUAUUUGCAUGGACAUCUUAUCCCCAGGUUCAUUGGAUUGGUCCUAUUAUUGCUACAGCCAUUUAUGGAUAUGGUUGUAGUUUAGCAUUUACAGGUAUCAUAGGUUACACGGCUGAUGGUUAUAAAUUAUACUCAGCUAGUGCAAUGGCUUGUAAUAGUCUUGUUAGAAGUUGUAUGGCUGGUGGAUUCCCAUUAUUUGGAUUGCAAAUGUAUAAAAAGAUGGGUGUUAACUGGGCCAGUUGUUUUCUUGCAUUUUUAUUUGUCUUGAUGAUUCCAUUUCCUAUAAUUUUUUACAAGUAUGGUAAGGUUUUGAGAAGCAAAAGUCCUUAUGCUUGGAGUUUGGAUUAG